AGACUCCUUGCUACCAUGAGCAGAGAUCACUCUGAAGCCCACAAUCCAACAAUCCAGCUAGCAGAACUGGUGAAAGCUAGCAGCAUUAUCAUCCUACAUCCGGACUCCGAGUACUCUUGGUUCAGACAACUGUCGCUCAGAUCGCGUGGAAGAACUGGUGGGGGACGGGGCGGGAGAGGAGGUAGUGAGUGAGGAGACGAGCAAUUGCAGAGAAGUGAGGAAUAUGACACGAGGUACCGCACAUAUAGUGAUCUGUUUCACAGCUUCUGAUUUCGCUUGAAGCUGUACCCUACCCAACUGUAACGUGAUAGAGGUAAGGGCACCUGGAGGCUGUGGGACAUCAAAAGGUGUGAAUGUGCAACCUAGGUACGUAUAUGGUUAGAGCUUGUGGUGCUGGUUGAAUUGCUGUAAUACAGGGAUGAGAGCUGGAGGUUGGCCGUACAUAACUAAAGCGAGAGCUGGCCCGUCGACAUGGAGUAUGUUCCGCCCGUAGAUUCGUCAACAAGCAAGUGUCCUCGUCGACCUCCAGAUUUCACCACGGAUCCUCCUCCUCACGAAACCAGCUUCCCUCACGGAAUCCCGAGCUCGAAAGAAGCAACCCGCAAACCGCGUCAAUCCUUUUCCUCUAGCUUUCCUCGCAAAUGCGCCAGCUCAGCCAGCUCGAGCAGUGCUAGCAAGGCGGAAUCCCGAUUCCCCUUCCCUUCUUUCGGAACGGUCCAUCGCUCAUUAACCACUAGCAGCUCCGCGAGCGGUGCUGUAACCACCAGUAGCGACGGUCACGCGGGUUCCAGCUCUGGCCACCACGAGUUGGCGUUUAACGACAUCGCCGCUGCGCCGUCUUCUCCCACGGCUACUACUGCCCGCAGCCCUAGCUCCCUCGUGUCGCUCUCAUCCCCCCGUAGGCGAUCCGAAACCGUCUCUGGACGUAAUACCUCCAGCCAGCCACCCACUCCGAAAACCCCACGUGGCAGCAGCCUUUUGCUGAAAGCAUUGCACAUCCCUCGGAGGUCUCUGGAGCUGGUGUCUCCGCGAAAGCGCAGCAGCAAUAGCCCCAGACAGGUAGUACGGUGUGACAAUAGCGGGGCCAGUCUGUCUUCCCCAUCAUCCAAUUCGUCGUCACCCUCGAUCCCGCCGUCCUCGUUACCAGCUUCCUCGUUAUCGCCUCGCACCUUGCCCAUGACAGCCAGUCAAAGCACAGCGCUUGCCGCCUCUCAAAUCCCCUCUCCGUCCUCCUCCUCGUCCUCCUCCCUCUCCUCGUACCCCCACACGCACUCCCACGUCGCGGCGUCAAAUGCGGCACCUAUCCCAGCGUCCCUCCCACCCAGCCUCAGCUGCAGCGGCGGCGGCAGCGGCGGCGCCACUGCUAGUGCUAGCGCCACCAUGGCGCUUUCCCCUGCAGCGGGUAGGAGCAAUGGCCCUCUUUCCGUGACUGCGACCGCCGCGAUUCUCGCUAGCAGAGGGUCCGCUGCUGCUGCUGGGUUGCCUUCUUCGGCGCGCGACGGUGAAACGAACAGGUCAGGCGAGAUGGCGGAUGGGAAUGAGGCAUCAUUUGCGCAGGUCGUAUCUGCGCAGGUCGCAUCUGCGCUCGACAAUUGGGCGGGUGGCGGAGUCUCGCGCGCCAAAAGCGCCAGCGAUGGUGCCUCUGCUGCUUCCCCGUACCCAGACCUUCCUGCCGCUUCUCACUCACCAGCCGCCGCCGCUGCCGCCGCCGCCGCGGCUGCUGCUUCGGAUGCUUCCGCUGGCGGCGACGCGAAUAGCAUGGCCAGCUCUACUCCUGGCGCCCGUUCCGCUUCCGCCUCCCCCACUCCGCCGGUCGUCUCUCCCCCUCCCCGGAUACCGCCACUGGACUUCCCUCCUGUAAAACCCCCCGUUUCCCCCGCAUCUGCGACAACAGUGCCUCCUUCCCCCAAGCCCCCGGUCCCUGCAUUAUCCCCCCACCGCUCCGCCUCCGCCUCCGCCUCCGCGUCCGCGGCAUCCGCUUGCCCCCCUUCCGCCGCGCCGGUGUCCCCCAUGGCGCUGCAGUUCGUGCGCCAGUCGCGCGCCAUGAUGCUUCUCUUCGACCGCCAGUCCGCGGAAGUGCUCGCCGCCAGUCGCGCAGCGCUGACGGCGCUCGGACAGGCGGAGGAAGGGGAGAGCGCGCAAGGCGCGGGCGCGGGCGGGUGCAAGGGGCUGUUUGAUUUGACAGGCGACGUGAGCGCGGAGCAGUGGCAGCGCGCCGUGAGCGACGCGGUGGCGGCGAGCGGAGGGGGAGGCGCAGCGGUGCUGCGGUUCAACGUGCGCGACUCGGGGACGGGCGGGCACCUGGAAGGGCGGCAGGUGGACCUCAUGCUGCAGCCGUGCCAGUUCGCGCUCGAUGCGCGCUCGCUCGUCGGCACCUUCGCCAUAGUCAACCAGCACUGUGGCCCCUCCGUUAGCAGCAGCAGCAGUGGCGGCGGCAGCGGCAGCGGCAACGUCAGCGGUAGCGGGAGCGGUAACGCAGCGGCGGAGGCGCCAGGCUAUGGGGUGUCGGAGGGGGGUUCUCUUCCCAGUGGCAGCAGUUCCGGCAGCGUGAAGAUGAGUGGGAAGAAGAUGCGGCAGAAGAUCGCGGUACUGCUAGGGUUUCAGGAUGAGUCGGGAGGAGGAGGAGCAGGAGCUAUGCAGGUGUCGACGCCGCUCCCCACCAUCAACACCCCUCACGGCUCUGGCUCGGCCCAAACCACGCCCAGAGGCUCGACAACCCCUCGCAGUGGCUUCUCGCUGAAAGGCCGAGGGGCCAUGUCUGGCCCGCUUGCGUUCAAGGGCUCUUCUGGUGGUGCCGCUGCUGGUGAUGGUGGUGGUUCUGUUUCCAACAGUGGGGGAGUGACUCCUCGCUCCAUGCUCAAGCUACCCAGCUUCAACAACACUAUCUCCCUUAACUCUCAUUCCUCCUCCUCCUCCUCCUAUCCACCCUCCUCCCCCUCCCCCUCCUCCACCGCCAUUGCUGCCAGCUCCUCAGCCUCGUCCGCCUUCUCUUUCCAACCCGACGCGUCUAGUAAGGCGGAUAUUCCCCGCCCUCUCAGCGCAAAGUUCCUCUCCCGCCCGCCUGGCUUUGAGCCGCCGAGGUCGGAGCGGCGCCAGGCCACCACGCCUGGGCGCAGGCUCGGCCUGCCGUCAGUGAAGGACGUGUUCUCCGGACCUCUCUACCCUGGCUCGGGACAGGCUCGGGAGAGCAGGGAAGGUAGGGGCUGGCGACAAGGCAAGGAAGCGACGGUUGGGGCAGACAGAGCAACAGAAAAGGCAGCAGAAAAAGGGGGAGCGGAGAAAGUGGGGUCGGGUGGAGGAGGGAGGGAGGAGGAGAAAGCCGGAGGGAAGGGGUUCAGGGUGAUGUCUAGGAGGGAGAGCAGGAGCGGAGGGGGGUCACUGACAGAGUGGGACGGGAUUCUGGGGAGGGGUAAGCGAGGCAGCUGGGGAAGUUUCGGGAGCUUUGAUGGGGGAUUUAUUGGUGCAGCUGCUGCUGCCGCCGGUGCUCUGUCGAGCCCUGCUGUUGUCGUUCCUGCUGCUUCUGCUGCUGCGCCUGCUGCUGCUGCUGCUGCUGGUUUCGGUAGUGCUGGUGCUGCUGGUGUCGGUGGUGCUGGUGUCACCACUAGUCCUGACGCUGCUGCUGAUGACGUUCCUGCUGCUCUGACUGCAGGCACUGCUGUCAUUCCCCCCUGCAGCAAUUCCGGCACCGGCAACUGCAGCAGCAGCGGCGGCGGCGGCAAUGCACCCAGGAAGAAGGGAGAGAGUCGGGAGCUUGAGACAGAGGAAAGGAAAGGGGGGAAGGAAGGAGAGGAGGGAGAGGAGACAGGGGAGGGGGACGAGGUGAAGGACGAGGAGGAGGAGGAGGAGGAGGAGGAGGAGGAGGAGGAGGAGGAGGAGGAGGAGGAGGAGGAGGAGGAGGAGGAAGAGGAGGGAGAGAAGGAAGGGGAGGAGGAGAAAGGAGAGGAGGAGGAGGAGGAGGAGAAGGAGGAGAAUCAGAUGCCACUGGUAGGGGUGGAUUUUGAUGAGGAGCAGGAGGAGGAGCAGCAGGAGCCGCAGCAGCAGCAGGGCCAUGAGCGGCAGGUGCAGCAGGAGAAGGGCGGUCCAAGGGCCGGGCGGAGCAAGAGCCACGGGUUCUUCACAGCAAAGGAGAUCAGCGUGAGCCUGGGGGCUGGCAGCAGCAGCAUUGGCAGCCUGCGAGGCCUCAAGGCUCUGGGGUCACGCGGCAGUAGGAGCAUGCGGGUUCCCAGCCAAGUGGCUGCUGCUGCUGCUACUGAUGAUGAGGAGGAGGAGGAGAACGAGCAGGGAGAGGGUGGUGUGAGUGGAGGAGGAGGAGGAGGAGGAGGAGGAGGAGGAGGAGGAGGAGGAGGAGGAGGAGGAGGAGGAGGAGGAGGAGGAGGAGGAGGAGGAGGAGGAGGAGGAGGAGGAGGAGGAGGAGGAGGAGGAGGAGGAGGAGGAGGAGGAGGAGGAGGAGGAGGAGGAGGAGGAGGAGGAGGAGGAGGAGGAGGAGGAGGAGGAGGAGGAGGAGGAGGAGGAGGAGGAGGAGGAGGAGGAAGAAAAGGGGAGGAGGAGCAAAGGCAGCAGUGGGUAGGGGAGGAAGGAGGAGCGGAGGGAGGAGAGGGGGUUGCGGGGGUAGAGUGGGGGAAGGAGGCACGUGGUACGGUGGUGGAGGGGCAUGGAAAGGAGCAGAGGGGACGGGCGGGAGUGCGGGGGGCAAUGCGGCCCAGGCGGUCAACGAGCUGUGAUGUGGUGGGGACGAGGGGGAUGGGACGGGAUGAUGACUCGUCUGGUGAUGACGCAGAGCACGCCCCUGCACAUGCUGCUGCUGCUGCUGCUGCAGCCUCUAGCAGCGCUGUUGCACCUCAGUCUGAAGCUGCCUAUUCCUAUCCGGAUGCUGCAACUGCUGCUCACCCGCCUGCUGACAGCCCCGCCACGCCCACCGACGACUCAGCAGCUGCUGCAGGAGAAGCCCUCUCCUCUCCACGCAUUCAGACGGGAAAGCGCCUGGUGGAGCACGCAAGCACAGACACAGCUCCGGAGGGGGCGGUCGCCCCCACCAUGGCCACACCCACAGUCACACCCCUGUUCCCCCCCGUGGUCGACCCUGUGGUGACACCCCCGCCUCGUAGUCGUAGUCAUCCCGCCACUUUCUCUCAGGACAGCCCUCCAGCAGCUGCAACUGCGGCAUCAGGCAUGCCGCGGGGAGAGGCCGACACGUUGCCUUGCUCAGAGGUGCUGGCUGUGGGUGCAGAUGCUGCAAUGGGCGCAGGAGCAGUAUCAGGGGCCGCGGCACUCUCAGGGUCAGACUCCGCUGCUGCUGCGGCUGAUGGUGCUGGUGCUGGUGCUGAUGGUGCUGCUGCUCUCCUGGUCUCCUCUAGCGGUGUGGCAGAAAGUGCUGGGGGUGCAGAAGAUGAGAGAUUUUCACCAGGAGCAGCAGCAGCAUUUUCACCAGGAGCAGCAGCAGCAGCAGCAGCAGCAGCAGCAGCAGCAGCAGCAGCGGCGGCGGCGGCAGCAGCGGUGGAUUCAUGCGGGGAUCUUGAUGGUGACGCCGCUGCUGUUGCUGUUGCUGCUGCUGGCGCUGCUGGUGGCGCUGCAGCUGGCGUUGCUGCUGCCGCUGCUGGUGGGAGCGAUGAUGAGGAUGAGAGCCGCACCAGAAGCGACGCCAUGGCAGAUGAACAGUAUGAGGGAGUAGAUGAGAGAGCGGGCGAGGGGGAUGAGGAGACAGGUUGGGGGGCCCGAAAGUUGGUGGACCAGGGAGGUGAGAUGGAAAGGGGGGAGGUGGCAGGGGGGGAGGGAGAGGCAGCUGAUGCAAGGGAUGAGGGGAGAGAGGGAGGGGGGAAGGUGAGAUUUGAUGGGAGGGGAGUGAGGGAGGAGGGGGAAGGGAGUGCUGGGGUUGCAGUGGAGGAGAGGACGAAUGAAAGCUCCGCACGAAAGCCUCGCACAGCAGGCGCUGGCCGGUCAAAGUCUGGGGGGACGAGACGGAAGGGCAGUACAGGAUCAACAGCAGGAGCCGCAGCAGCCGCUGCCGCAGCAGCAGCAGCAGCAGCAGCGGAUGCUGGUGGUGAGAAGCAGACACGGAAGCCGGCCACCGGAAGGCGGCUCAGCUGGCGGCGCAUCAGCAUCACCAACACGGGCACUGGCACUGGCGGAAGCAGCGCCAUGGGGGGGCUGGUGGACAGUGGGUAUGGCAGCUUCGGCGGGGGCGUCAUCAUGAGCAGCAGCAUGGCAAGCAGCAGCUUUGGUGGCAGCCUGGGGGCGAGCAUAGUGGCUCUAAGUCUUGGGAAUGUUAGUUUCAGCUCGAACUUGUCUCUGGGAGGGGAUGGGAGGGGGUGGGAGGUGGGGAGGUGGGUGGAGGAAGGGGAGGAGGAGGGCGAGGAGGGGAAGGCGGUGGAAGAGGACAGGCUUUCCCCUCUGCCUGUGGCGUUGAGUGCUGCUGCUGCUGCUGCUGCUGCUGCCCCUGGUGCUGCCCCUGGUGCUGCCCCUGGUGCUGUCCCUGGUGCUGCUAUUGUUGCUGCUGAUGCUGCAGGUUCUCCUAAUGCCACUGCUGUUGCGGCUCUAGUUGCUGUUGAUCCCGCUAAAGCCGGUGACACUCCCACUGCUGUUGCCCCCAUUGCUGAAGUAAAAUCAGCAGGAGCAGCAGAAGAAGAAGAGGAGACACUGAUUGAGGCUGGGGGAACGGAGAAGGGGGAACAGGAGGAACGCGCGGAGCAAGCUGUUUUUGACGAGAACAACCUUCCCAGCAUCAGCGGGAUCGGCUUGAAGGAGGGAGGAGGGCAGGGAGGAGGGGAGGGAGGAGGGGAGGCAGAAGCUGAGGUGGAGAGAUUUGAGUGUGAUGAGCCAGGAGGGGAGAGGAGUGAGAGGAGUGAGAGGAGUGAGAGGAGUGAGAGGAGUGAGAAGUGGGCGGUGGAGCAAGAGCUCCGGGCUUUGGAGCAGCAGCUAUCCGCCGUGCAGAAGCAGCUGAUGGUGCUAGGUGUGGUGGAGUGCAGUGAUGACAGCGGGACAGGAAAGGGGGGGGGCGAGGGCGAGGUUUUCGUGCAUGAGGAGAGUGAAGAGCGAGCUGCGGAGAAGGAUGAUGCGGCAGUCGCGGAGAGGAAGGAGAGUAGGCUGGGGGGGGUUGAGACAGAAGGGGAGGCAAGGGAGGGCAAGGGAGAGGGGGAAAUGGAAGAUGAGGGGGAGGGGGAAGAAGUAUUGGGCCAGGGAAGGAUGGAGGAGGGGGCGACUGAGAGAUGCGGUGGUGGGGAUGGUGGUGGGGGCAAGACUGGAGAUGAGGUCGAGGGGUGGAUGAAGGUAGCGGGGAUGGGGCAUGGGGAGGUCAGCAGCAGAGGAGAUGGAUCAAGCUCAGAGGGGAUGUGCAGAGGGGAUGUGCAGGCACAAGCUCAGUGCCUUGGCAGCACGGAUGAGUGUGUGAGGCAUGUGAUGGACCGUGGGGGCGUGGGGUAUGCAGUGGUGUCAGCAGGCAGUGGCGACAUCAUCACAUGCAACAACGCCUUCCUCUCCCUCCUCCACCUCAACUCGCCCGCCCCUCACUCCGCCCCUCACUCCGCCCCUCAUUCCGCCCCUCACUCCACCACCACCACUUGCACCACCGGCACGAGUAGCACAGAAGAAGCGCUUUCAGGCACAUCCCUCACUGCUGCUACGCCGUCUUGGCUCUCUGCGCUGGAGUCCUGCUCCAAGUCGCACUUCCUGGAUUGGCUCAAACUGGCCCCAGACACCCAGUUAGACCCACUCGUCGUGUGCUUGGCUUCUCCGUUCUGUUCCAUGAACAAGCACACAGCCUGCGCCGACUUAGCUCCUGACUCUGCUGUGGAACCCGCUGUGGAGGCUACUGGCCUGAGUGCCAAGAAUUCGUGCGCUUCCUCAGCACCACUGCCUACAAUGGCUCACCUUUCCUUCAUGCGCUAUCCACCCGUUUUGCCGCGUGAUCAAUCCGCAACCGAAACUGGCUCGGUCCACUCAGACGCAUGCCACGAGGUUGCCUUCUUGGUGUUGAACGGAUCCUUGAAGCGAUGAGUCUGCACAGGACGCAGUCCAAACUAGAAUACUUAUGUAGCCGGAGCACAGGCGGUAGCACAGGCAGGACGACGGCACGUACCCACGCACGCACGCACGCACGCACGCACGGACGGACGGAUAGACAGACGGACGGACGGACGGACGGACGGACGGACGGACGGACUUACACGGAAUGCCGUCGGGCGAACAGGGAUUCACGACACACAGAGACACAGACGCCGUGUCACCGUGACGACAGACCGCGCUGUUGACGGCUGUGCCCGCGCGACGAAGAACUAAAAGCAAGGCCUGCAG